AUGUUGAGUACUCGUAAUCUCAGGCUAAUAGUGGCCGUCUUUGCAAUCUUCGGUAUUGUUGCUUUCUUUGCAACAUCACAAAACUCACUCCGAGGCACAGUACAAAAGGUUGGCAUAAAACCAGCAAGUGGUGGUUCGUCUCAAGAGCCACCAAAACCUCAAGAUGCUCAAAUGGAUGAGGAGGAAAAGAAUACACUUCAAGGUAAACCACACUCGGGAACAAAACCCCCCUAUGAAAAGGUUGAUAAAUCAGAAUCAAAUAUUGCUGAGAAGCUAAGUGACAAACCACCUUCUAGUCAAGAGAACGAGAAAAUAACGACACCACAUGAGGUUGGCAUGAACAAGGAAUGCAACGAAGUCAAUUACGUUGUCAUGAUUGAUGCCGGAAGUACAGGGUCUCGAGUUCAUGUUUACGAGUUCAAUACAUGUACCCAGCCUCCUAAAUUGUUGUCUGAAGAGUUCAAAAUGCUCGAUCCAGGAUUGAGUUCUUUCGAUACAGAUACUGUGGGGGCUGCCAAGUCGUUGGACCCAUUAUUGGAAGUUGCCUUGUCAAAAGUACCAAAGGAGAAACAUAGCUGUACGCCAGUUGCUGUGAAAGCCACUGCCGGCUUGAGAAUACUCGGAAAAGCCAAAUCCGAUGCAAUUUUGAAAGAGGUUAGAAGACAUUUGGAAGAGGAUUAUCCAUUCGCUGUUGUCCCUGGAAACGGGAUCUCUAUUUUAGACGGAAGGGAUGAAGGUGUUUACGCAUGGGUUACUGCAAACUUUUUAUUAGGAAACAUUGGAAACAAGGACAAGUUACAGACUGCGGCAGUUUUUGAUUUAGGUGGUGGCUCUACUCAAAUCGUUUUUGAACCAGAAUAUAAGGAUCAGGUUCCAGUUGAAGGGGAAACUCAAUAUAAAUUUGCCUUUGGCGAACACGAGUAUACCUUGUACCAAUUCAGUCACUUGGGGUACGGUUUGAUGCAAGGAAGAAACAAGAUCAACAAGUUGGUUUUGGAGAACUAUUUAAAAAAUGCUCAAUUGACCAAAUACUCGAGCAAGAAAGAGGCUAAAGAGGCAAAUGCAGAGGUAGAAGUAACCAACCCUUGUAUUCCUCCCAGCUCUGUUGCCAAGAAUGUGCAGGUUGAAGUUUCUGAAAAUGAGAUUUAUGUUGUCAAUAUGAAAGGCCCAUCAAAGCCAACUGGAUCAAAAUGUCGUUUUCUUGCUGAACAGGUGCUCAAUAAAGAUGCCACAUGCGAGGCAAAGCCUUGUUCUUUCAACGGUAUCCACCAACCUUCCUUGACACAUGCAUUCAACAAGAAUUCUGAUAUGUUUGUAUUUUCAUUUUUCUAUGACAGAACCAAUCCAAUUGGUAUGCCAUCAAGCUUUACUGUUGAAGAGUUGAGAGACUUGACCAAAUCAGUUUGCGAGGGUGAGUCAUUAUGGCGUGAUGUUUUCUUUGAUGACCAUAUGAAUAGUUUGAACAAGGAGCCUCAAUGGUGUUUGGAUCUUAGUUUUAUCACCGCUAUGUUGCAUACUGGUUACGACAUUCCAUUGAGCAGAGAACUCAAAACCGCUAAAAAGAUAGACAAUAACGAAUUAGGUUGGUGUUUAGGUGCAUCAUUGCCGUUAUUGGAUAAAUCUAGUGGCUUAUGGCAAUGUAGAUCGUAA